UACACCAUUCAACCUUCAUAAGUGCUGGUCUUAAACUGACUGUGUUAAACAUGCAGGCAGCAAUGGACAUUACCGCCAAAUUUUGCCCAAAGGAAAUGGAGGAGUAUGGUGCAUGUGUGUCCUCCAAUCCAUCAACAUGGCAAGAACACUGUCAUCACCUAAAAGUGAAGGUGGCGCAGUGCACCUCCUCUCAUCCGGUGAUCAGGAAGAUCCGAGCAGACUGUGCCGGGGAGUUUGCAGAGUUUGAACGCUGCCUGCGAGAGAACCAGGCCUCGUCUCAGACGUGUUCAUCACACGUUGUACGCUUUCUGACCUGUGCCAACGCUGUCGACAUUACAGGAUUAACAAAUCCAGCGCCUCAGCCAACAUGAAACAUGACCUGCCAUCAGAACUCUGCACAAGCCAACGGACCUUUAUGGCUUCAUUCGAUCACAGAAAGAAGUGAACUGCUGCAUUGUACAGAAACAGGACACGGCAACGUUAAAUGUUUGCUCACCUCAUAUUUCAAUUUGUAUUUGGAAUGAACUGUGGACUGUAUGAACACUCUAAUACGUUUGGACACCUGUGGUCAAAUUUCAUGAAAAUAAGUUAGCACAUCGUCUACAGUUCAUAUUGUGAAAGAAAUAUUUUAUUUUAUUUUACCACUGCAUUAUGCUGCUCAGGGUCACGGUGGGUCAGUCAGAUAAUCAUGUCUGUAUGUAGACGCUUAGUCAGCCGAUGACACAUUUACAUUAGGGGCAUUUAGCAGACGCUUUUAUCUAAAUCAACUUAAAAUUAUUACAUUUUGAGCAAUUGAGGGUUAGGGGCCCAACAGUGGCAACUUGUGUAUUGACAGGACAGGACCUCAUUGGCAACUUAAACCAGCAACCUUCUGAUUACUAGUCCAGUACCUUAACCGCCGAGUUACCACUGCUCUAGGGGGUGGCACGGUGGCUCGGUGGGUAGCACUGUCGCCUCACAGCAAGAAGGUCCUGGGUUCAAUCCCCAGGUGGGGCGGUCUGGGUCCUUUCUGUGUGGAGUUUGCAUGUUCUCCCCGUGUCUGCGUGGGUUUUCUCCAGGAGCUCCGGUUUUCUCCCACAAUCCAAAGACAUGCAAGUGAGGUGAAUUGGAGACACUAAAUUGUCCAUGACUGUGUUUGAUAUAAUCUUGUGCACUGAUGAACCUUGUGUAAUGAGUAACUACUGUUCCUGUCAUGAAUGUAACCAAAGUGUGAAACAUGACGUUAAAAAUCCAAAUAAACAAACAAACCACUGCUCUAGGGAUUUAAAUCCUGGAUCCCAUUGGUAUUGGGCUAGUGUAAUUUACCUCUGUGCCACCUAAACAUCAGUGAAAUAAAGAUAUAUAUUUUUUAAAAGUCAAUAGAUCUGGCAAAUCUAAUUGUUUAUUUCAGUAUGUUUCCUCAAUUUUGCAAAUAAAUGAAAAUUGUCUAGUACAAUUACCCAAACAAAAGCUUUAUUUAGGUUUGUUACCAGCAAAGGAUGUGUUAACUUAUUGGAAUACAUAUUGGAAUUUGACCAGGAGUGUUCGAACUUGUGGAUAAGUGGAAA